AAGUUACACAUCAAUCAAAUUAUCUUCCCGGUUCCCUCAACCAAGUCCAUUAUCUGUGAGUAAUGAGUGUGAAGAAAUUCCUACCGUUACACGCUUUAAUUCUGCUCUUGGACUAAGUGUGUUCCUUCAAAGAAAGUGAGAUAUAGCUGGGAAUUCCUUAGUCUGAGAAUUUACAAUGGGAGCAAUUUUGAGCUUGGCCAGUCCAAAGUGUAGGGUAAGUGAUUACAAUGAGGUCCCACAGGUUGAAACCUGCAAGAAACAGAAGUUGUCCUCAUACUGCAAUGAGGAGAGCACAGGGUUGAUUCCGAGUCUUCCUGAUGAGUUAUCAGUUCAGAUCCUUGCCAGAAUUCCUAGAAUUUACUACUUUAAUUUGAGGCUAGUUUCAAAGAAGUGGAAGGAAACUAUUAUGAGUUCUGAUCUGUUUAAAUUGAGAAAAGAACUUGGAACAACUGAGGAGUGGUUAUACAUGUUGACUAGACUUGGAGAGGAAAAACUUCUGUGGCAUGCUUUGGACCCUGUGUCAAGAAGAUGGCAGAGGCUGCCACCAAUGCCAAAUGCUGUUUAUGAAGAAUCUAGUAAGGGUUUUUCUGGACUUUGGAUGUUGAAUGUGGCAGGACCAAGGUCUAUAAUUGCUGAAUUCAUUAGGGGUUGGCUUGGGCAGAAGGGUGACUGGGGUCACAUGCCAUUCCCUGGUUGUGCAAUUGGUGCUCUUGAUGGAUGUCUAUAUGUGUUAGGGGGAUUCUGUAGAGCUUCCACUAUGAGAUGUGUAUGGCGUUUUGAUCCAAUUUUAAAUGCAUGGAGUGAAAUGCCUUCCAUGUCUGUUGGUAGAGCCUAUUGUAAGACUGGUAUUUUGAAUAAUAAGCUUUAUGUUGUUGGAGGAGUUAGCAGGGGCCGAGGGGGAUUGGCUCCUCUUCAAUCUGCUGAAGUUUUUGACCCUUGCAUUGGUUCAUGGUCCCAUGUUCCAAAUAUGCCAUUUUCAAGAGCUGAAACAUUCCCUAAUGCCUUCUUGGCUGACAUGCUUAAGCCUAUUGCCACUGGGAUGACUUCAUACAUGGGAAGGUUAUUUGUACCCCAGAGUUUAUAUUCAUGGCCAUUUUUUGUUGAUGUUGGGGGAGAGAUUUAUAAUCCCGAAACAAAUUCAUGGGAUGAAAUGCCAAGUGGUAUGGGGGACGGUUGGCCUGCACGGCAAGCAGGUACUAAACUGAGUGUAGUAGUUGAUGGUGAAUUGUAUGCUUUUGAUCCAUCUAGCUCUACGGAUAGUGGUAAGAUAAAGGUUUAUGAUCAAAAAGAAGAUGCUUGGAAGGUUGCCAUCGGUAAAGUCCCUAUUUGUGAUUUUGCUGAUUCAGAAUCUCCGUAUUUACUUGCUGGAUUUCAUGGGAAGCUUCAUCUCAUCACAAAAGAUGCUAAUCAUGACAUUGCAGUUUUGCGGGCUGAUCCUCAUCAUAUUUUGGAUUUUUCACCUUCAAGUUCAAAUCCUCUUACAGAUAGUAAGUUGCAUGAGCUUUCUAAUUCAGUAGCUGAAUCAGAAUCAGUUAUCUGGAAGGUUGUUGCCAGCAGGGAUUUUGGGCUUGCAGAACUUUUUAGUUGUCAAGUUCUUGAUUUAUAGAUUUAUCAUUAUAUUUAGCAACAUAGUAAAAGUUAGAGGGGAAAUAAACACGAAUGUGAAGCUGAUUUCAUAAUUUCAUAGUGAUGUAAAAUGAAAGAAUAAUUUAAUGUAUACCAUUGCUGAAAAUCAAAUAAAGGAGAUAAUAUUAU